AUGGCGUUGACAUACAAAGAGAGCCAGAAAAUCAGGGCCACGAUCCCAGCCCUGACAGAGCACGGCGAGCUGGUUGUCACAGUGUUCUACCGCAACCUCUUGCGCAACCACCCGGAGCUCAAGAACUAUUUCAACACCGCCAACCAAGUAAAUGGCUUCCAGCCUCGUGCGCUCGCAUCCAUCAUCCUGCAGUUCGCCAAGAACAUCAAUCACAUCUACGAGAUUGUGCCAAAACUGGAAAGAGUCUGUCAGAAACACUGCUCGCUCGGCGUUCAGCCAGAACACUACGGUAUUCUGGGGAAACACCUCCUCGAAUCAUUCUCCGAAGUUUUGGGCCACGCCAUGACACCAGAAGCCCUACAGGCGUGGAAUAAGGCGUACACAAUCCUCGCCAACAUGCUUAUCGGGCGCGAAAAACAGCUUUAUCGCAGCUUCGGCCGGUGGACUGGGUGGCGACAGUUCCACGUGGUCGAACGAGUGCCUGAGAGCGCGGACGUUUGCUCGUUCUUCCUCAGUCCGGUAGACGGGCAACCUCUACCAGACUUCAUGCCGGGACAGUACAUAUCCGUGCGCGUCGACGUCCCUGGAAAGGAAUACAAACAGAUCCGGCAAUAUUCCCUUAGCGAUGCGCCUCGCGCCGGCUACUACCGCGUUACGAUCAAACGUGAUGAUGGCACCAAGUUUAAGCCUUCCAAAGCGCUUCGUUGUCCGUAUGCGCCAAACCCUGGUGUUGUUUCCAAUCAACUCCUCGACAGUCUUUUCGCCGGCGACACCAUCGAGGCCAGCCACCCGACGGGACAAUUUUAUCUGGACACCAACAACCUGUCCAGCGAGCCGGUGGUACUCAUCUCAGCAGGCAUUGGCGCGACGCCAGUCGUGUCAAUCCUCAACUACAUCGUCGAGAAUCAGCCCUCACGGCCGAUAUCAUGGGUUCAUGGCGCCCGUACCGAAGUGCCAUUCCACGCGCAAAUCGCCAAGCUGCAGCGGGAGAAGCCCAACUUCCAGAGCAAGGUGUUCAAAACUCAUCUUGCUGAUGCAGACCUCGCUGGUGUGACCUACGAUUACGACUACCGCCUGGACCUGGCGAAGCUGACCCCGGAGGAUUUAUGUCUGGCGCGAAGCUCUACAGAGUACUACGUGUGUGGGCCGGAGCAAUUCAUGCUAGAGACGGCCGAUUACUUGCAGUCUCAGAACGUCGACCCUGUGAGAAUCAAGUUUGAACUCUUCGCAACCGGAGAGCGAGCUGCUUCACCGUCGUGA